UCCUUCUCCGUAAAAUCAAACAGUGAGGCGGGUAUAUUAAUCUCACCAAUUCUCUUCUCGCCUAGGGUUUUGUAUUCAAAAUUCAUCAUUCGUGAAGAAGAAGAGAAAGCUUUGAACAAUUGAAAAUGAAGCUCACUGUCAAGACUCUCAAAGGCAGUCACUUUGAAAUUAGGGCUCAGCCAAAUGACACUGUCAUGGCAAUAAAAAAAAACAUCGAAGACUUGCAAGGCAAGGAUAACUAUCCAUGUGGCCAGCAAUUAUUAAUCCACAAUGGGAAGGUCCUGAAAGACGAGAGCACACUUGCUGAAAGCAAGAUUUCUGAAGAUGGAUUUCUUGUUGUCAUGCUGGGCAAGAGUAAAACUAUGAGUUCAACUGGGACACCAGCUGCACAGUCUUCAUCCGCACCAGCUCCUACUCCAGCUCCAGCCGUAGCUCCUGCUCCAGCUGCAGCUCCUGCUUCAGCUGUGAUCCCUAAUACUACUCCUGUUCCUGAAGCUACUCUAUCUCCAGCAUCUGCUCCUUCUGAUACAUAUGGUGAAGCUGCUUCCAAUGUAGUUGCUGGUUCUAAUCUCGAGCAGACCAUUCAGCAUAUUAUGGACAUGGGUGGGGGUAUGUGGGACACAAACAUGGUCUCUCGUGCACUUCGGGCUGCUUAUAACAAUCCAGAGCGAGCCGUGGAUUACUUGUAUUCUGGAAUUCCUGAAAUGGCUGAAGCUGCAGUUCCUGUGUCUCAUUUUCAGGGAGACCAGAUAAAUGCCGGAUAUAAUGCUAUUUCUGACAAUGGUGUAGCUGGGGCUGCCCCUGGAGCUCCUAAUUCAUUGCCUUUAAAUAUGUUUCCUCAGGAAACUCUUUCAGGUGUUACUGGUGCUGGUCUUGGUUCCCUUGAAUUCCUUAGGAACAACCCACAGUUCCAAACUCUACGCUCUAUGGUGCAAAGGAAUCCACAGAUCUUACAGCCCAUGCUUCUGGAGCUAGGGAAGCAAAAUCCUCAACUUCUGAGACAGAUUCAGGAACACCAUGAGGAGUUUCUGCAAUUGAUCAAUGAGCCUGUUGAGGCAUCUGAAGGGGACAUGUUUGAUCAACCUGAGCAAGAUGUGCCUCAAGAAAUUACUGUUACUGCAGCUGACCAGGAGGCUAUUGAACGACUCGAAGCUAUGGGAUUUGAUAGAGGCCUUGUUAUUGAAGCCUUUUUAGCAUGUGACCGCAACGAGGAAUUGGCGGUCAAUUACCUUCUAGAAAAUGCUGGAGAUUUUGAGGACUAAAGGUCUGUUCAGAGAGGUAUCAUCGUUGCUCAUGGAGUAUUGCGGAAGCAGACACAUUUCUUGAAAAGCUCUUCAGCAUUGAUGGCUCAUCUUUAUAGUUAUAAAUUAUAGUAGAUGGUUAAUCAAGUUACUUGUUUUUCAAUCAUGAAUGUGCCUGUAAACCGAAAAACUAGGUUGGUUUUUUGCGCAAUUGCGCUAUGACAGUUGUGAUCUUUUCUUUUAUUUCCAUAUAGGUUUUAUCAUUAGAAUAUUUAUAAAUUUGAGUAGCUUUAUAUACAAAGCCAGAAGUUGGAGUCA